UCAAAUGGUAGCUCUGGUAGUGUGAGCACAUCGCCUUUUUCAAUGUUUAUAAAGGCGGUAGUUGAUAACUCGGAAAUUACGAGAAAAAACUCAGAAACAAUGGUUCGAUUUAUAAAAGAAUUUAGUAGAACUGAUCAUGAGACAACUUCCAUAACACGGGCAAAAGCUUACCAGAGCACCGUGUUUGACGAUGUUGAUGUGGAAUAUUUUCUCAGCAAGAAUAAUACUCACCUUGGUUCCUUUCAGCAAAAUGGAACAGUUAAUACUUACCUGCGAAGAAAUAGUGUACCAACUGACACAGAAGAUGAUGUCCAGGAAUGGUUUAAUGGACUAAUGGAGAACCUCCCAAAUUUCUCAAAGAAAAUCGCUAUAAGAGAUACACACACUAAUAUAUACUUUAGUGGAUAUAAGCCGGAUAUCAGUGUCUUUAUAGAAGAUGAUAUUAUAAACGAUGUGUAUCUUACCAUGUUUGUACAAACGCUUUUGGAGGUGAAAAAAAGGAAGAGUUUCUCUAAUUUGCUUGAUGAAGACAAGGGUCAGGUGUUGAAUUAUAUUCGUAUCCUUAUCCGUCAACAGCCAUUGCGAGAGCUUUUUGCAGUAUUUCUUUCAGACGGGUUUUACUUUUAUGUAAUGGCUUAUGAUAGGAGAACUAAACGGUAUAGUGAGCAUACGACCAAUUUAAAGACUGGCUUACGCCUUUUUUGGGUGUUGAUCAAUUACAGCUCGCCUUUUACAACGAUGGUUGGACCUAAGUCUAUUGAUUUCAAACCGUCGCAGGGAGAUUUUACAAGAAUACGCUUAAGAGAAUAUUUGGGUGCGGGUUCAUCUUCAAGCGUGUAUAAAAUUGACUGGGAAAAUGCUUCAUCUGCCAUAAAGAUUUUUAAUAAUGGCUAUGAUCUGAGUAAUGAAGUGAAUGCAUUAAAUUUCUUGAAUAAGGGUAAUUUCCCGAAUGUUCCAACAUACAUUGCACAUGAUGACAACUCAAUAAUUAUUCGCCCAGUCUGUGAACGAUUUGGUAAUAGGUUCCAAGUAUCUCACGCUUUACAACUUCUUCAACUUCUAGUGCUCAUUCAUAGGGAGCAAAUUUGUCAUCGAGAUGUGCGUCCCGAAAACAUUUUAUUAGAUAAUGAUAACAACAGACUUGUACUUGUUGACUGGGGAUCAGCAAUUCGAAUCACGAAUCAUAAUCAAAUAUACACGUAUGAAGGAACAACCACAUUUGCAUCACCAAAUAUUCUAGAAGAAAAUUUUGGUCCUUAUGUACCUAGUGUAUCCGAUGAUUUACAUUCCUUCGUGUGUACGAUGUAUAUCUUACGUAACCCAUCAGAAAUGCCAGCUAUUUCCGAGAGGGAUUUGUCAUCAAAAGCACGAGUAAUUAAAGAGUACUGGAACGAUAAACUGGAAGGUCCACUUUGGGCAGAGAUGAUAAAUGCAUCAGCCGAUAAAAAUUAUAAUUUGCUAAAGAAAUUUAAGAAAUUAAUUAAGUUAUUCUCACUUGAGCUUUUUAAUGGUAUUGAUAAAUCAGAAAUAGCACGAAUUAGAUCUUUUGCCACGAGGUUUAUUUUAAAUUUGUCUGAUAGUAAUGUUGACCGUGUCAUUGCUGGAGUCUUGAGAGCAGAACCAGAUAAUUUAGUAUUUAACCAUUUAACCCCAACCGG